CACUCGACUGCUCACUGCCCUCUCUCUACCCACUCCUCCUCUUCCCUACUGUCGCUGUCGCUGUCGCUGUCGCUGUCGCUUUCACCAUCCCCGUCGCCGUGCAUUGCCCAUAACCCUCGGACCUCGCGCCAACGUCUCGCCGCCACCCUGCGUCUCGCCUCGCGUCCCCGUCACCACUAUCGAUAG